UCCAAACGCGAAAACAGAUGAGUUGUAACAACGCUUACGAAAGCAUCCACCCGGUCGGAUUCCGUCUGUCGGCAGAAUACCUUUAAGUGAGUGAGUGAGUGAGUGAGUGAAUGAAUCAGUUGGUGGUGUGACGGGCGGAGGACACAGAUUCAGGGCAUUCGGACACGGCGCGGUUCGGCGGUUCGUCUUCCAUGCAAUUCUCGUUGAAGCCAAAAAAGAAAAGUUUAAGAACGUAAGAUAAUUUGUUAAUAUUGCAAAUUGUCGGAAUGGUGAGGCGCUCAACAGUGGUGUCGAAUUGGCACAGUUUCGUGCCAAUGGUGAACCGAAUGGCUCAACAAGGUUCUCGAGAUUGCACGAGCUGGAGUGACAAAGCAUAAGUGGAAAUAACAGGAAAAAACAUCCAAUCCGAAGUGAGGCAGCAUUUUUUUUCCACCGAAUGUUCGCCGUCCAAAAAAAGACGGUGAGCUCUGUGAAAAAGGUGUGUGAAUAUUGCCACUUUGACGCUGGUGGUGAAGUGCAGUGAAGAUAAAACGACGGCGGAAUCACAGUGGGAUAUUUCGUCUGGGGAAGUUCGAAGCUGGGAUUUGGCGAUCAGCAGCAACAGCAGCGGAAAAUCGGUCACAAGAACGAGCGCAACAUAUGGAAUGGAAAAUUUACCCAUCUCACCGACAGCAGUAGCGGCAAAGUACACACCACCCACGGAGCAGCAAAUUUUCUAUGCUCGAGAGGUGUGUUUGCGAGAGAAACCGAGUCUAGAGCAAUUUUGGUUGGAAUAAUUGUGUGCACUCGUGUAGCGCCUUGCCGACACAAGGACGGCCAGAGGGUGGAAAAAAGAACACCUAAUUGCUUCGUACAAAAUGAUGAUCGAAUUCCUACGAUGGCUGCCGGGCGCGUGUGGAAGCCUUGGUCCGGCGCUCAUCCCUCCAGCUCACAUCGCCGUGCUGUGGUACUUCUGGCAGAACUAUUCCCGCUAUGUAGACAAACGCUUUUGUUCCUGCUCCUGCUGGGAUACUGUUUUCAAGGGAACGUACGAAUCGGGGAUUGCCUCCUACAAACACAUGUACUUCAACGCUACGCAAAACACGAUGAAGAUGUGGCUGUUGAUAGUGCUCGGAAUAAUUGGACUGUACGAAUGUACCAAAUAUUUGACACAGCUGCUGCUGCAGAGUCGAGUCCGUUACACGAUGAUCGUACUCUUCCUCCUGUCCAUCUUCUCGCAUUACUACGCCUGGUGGGCUUAUCUCAAUUACUACAACGACGAGUAUUACAAUCAGUGGAAUCACCAGCUGUUCUUCACGAUCACCGAACUCAUAUCGACUAGCUUUGUGCUACAUCUAGCCAACGUGGACAACGUGGUCACUUCCCGCAAAACACUGACUAUUGUUGGUAUUGCGAUGCUACACAUUCUGGCCAGUGGAGUGGAUCAGUUCAUAUCAAACGUGUUCCGCGGAGAGGGAUACCCUCAUCAGGUGGUUCGAGAUCUAGGCUUCAUGAUCCCGGACGUGAUGCAUCUUCUCCUUCCGCUGUGGCUACUGAGACAGACCCGCAGGGAAAGCUUCAGCACUAGACCCUUCUAUCGGGAUCGGAACCUCCGACGGGAUGUCAUCCUUAUGUUCUUUAUGAUAGCAGUAUUAUUCACAAUCUGUUCGUUUCUCUAAAACUCCCCGGACGUAAUCGGAAGCAGCAGAUUUCGAUUUUUUCCAACCAAAUUAAAACCGAAUGCUUCCACAAACCGAAUUGAAGCGAGUGAGAGAGUGAAUGUGUAUACUUGAUAUCAGGUAUUUGUUAGCAUUUUUUAAAGACAUCAAAUAAGUCCUUCCUGCUCAAAACAAAAUGGUGAGCUAGUUUGAGUCAUAAUACAAGACUGGCAAGUAUUAUAAUUAAUUUAUCUGAGUUUCUUUUCUCGAAAAAUUGAAUUCAAUCAAAGUAUCCAAACCAAUCAAAGUUCAGAUCUCACCAGCCAAUUUGUGCUACCAAACCAAAAAAAUGUGUGUUGUGAUGCACAUUGAAUCAUCCAUUGUCAUCGAUAGGAUAUUUGCGAACGUUGUUUUUCUUUUUUGAGCGAGAGCGAUAUUUUUAAAAAAUAGUGUAAACAUCCGCCGGUAUCCCGCGCCCCACGGUAGGAAGCAUCGAUCACUUUUCAUCGUGUAGAGCAGUAGUAGACAAUAAAGUUCAAACAAACAUAAACAAAACCAUAAAUAAACAGAAGGUAACCAAAUGCUAACGAAUAGUGGUUUUAACAGAAGUAGGACAAAUAAUUGCCAUGAAGGAAAAAUGUAGAUGAAACGUUUAAUAAGACAAGAAAAAAAACCAGUAAGGGUUUAACUUCGGAUAGACCCGGAAAGUUCCGGGGAUCAAGUCUACUUAUUAUAAUGUAUGUUGUUAGGUUUUAGAGAUUGUUGUUGAAAGCAGCUAGUGACCGCGAGUGGUGAGUAAAGUGAUGCUAACAUUAGAGAUAGAUUAGAGAUUAGAGCAACGUCGUCAGCUGUUUUAUGCAGAACCCAUACAGAGCCCCGAAUAACGACAAAAUGUGUGACUUUUGCCAAACAACUAGUCACUUCAACCGUGCCCACCAUUGUUUGAUUCUAAGUUUUUUUGUUGAACAAUAAGCAGUGAAUAAAUAAAAGACUUAACUUACAUACCCAAGGAAAAAAAACCUACGAGA